CUUAAGCAUUCUGGUUUGAAUCCAGCUGCCUCGCUGGCAAGUUCCGCCCGUCCCUCCCUGCGCCCGGGGAGCGAUGGCUUUUGUGGAGCGCGUCGUCGGAGCAGCCUCGCAGGGCGCCGUGGGCGCGGUCGUGGCGGGCAACCUGAGCGCGGUGACGGAGCCGGUGGUGAACGCCAUGCUGGUGAAGCGCGUGCCUCUGUCGGAGGCUGUCAAGGAGGUGUCUCCGGAGCGCGUGUACAAGUACCUGCAGACCACACUGGCCACGAACUUCAUCAAGUUCCCGUUCUUCGAGGUCACGAACAUGCUCGUCGGCGGCAUCGACCUGCCUCCCACGCUGAAGGGUGCCCUGACUGGCACCGUAUUCUGCACGGCGACCCUGCCCAUCACAAACUACCGGUUCCGGAAGUCCAUGGACUUGCCAAUCACAGCAGCGAAUCUGUACCAGGCGUAUCUGCCCACGGUGUUCCGAGACAUUUUGUACGGCAUCGUGCGCAACAAGGUCGCGACUUUCUUGUUCCAGUUGAACCCCCAGCGAGCGGGCACGAACCUCGGCCGUUUCUUGAACAUGUUCGCGACAGUCAUCGCCGCUUGUGUGAUCUCUGCGCCAGGCAACGAACUGCGCGGAUAUUGCCUGCAGCCGCCAGCGAAGAAGCAGUCGUUCGCGGAGUUUUUCCAGCCUGCCAAAUUUGUGAGGAGCACCUCUGUCGGCGCGGUGAUCAUGGCAAUCAGCCUGGGUGUCGGCACCCUCGCUACGCCUCAGGUGGAGAAGUUGGUCGCCACCGUGCGGAAGUACUUCAGGAACCAGCCUCUCGGUUUUCUGAUGAUUCUUUUGUUUUCCCUACAUCAAAUUCUCGAGAACAGGCGCCACAGCCAGACGAUGGCCCUGAAGGACGAGCCCGCCAAGCCCGCCAAGAACAAGGCCUCAGCCGAUGCCAAAGCCAAGGCCUGAAAGCAAGAUGCGGUGAGAUCUCCCUCUGUCGAGGCACAAGUGUUUACCCAGUGUGGAUGGCGUCCAGAAAGGCACGACCUGUGAGGCGGUUCUGUUAUCUUCUAGGCUUGGGUCUGGAAGCGGUUCCGCUGUCUGCCCAUUCAGUAGUACGCCGGACCGUUUGAAAGUGUCCGGUUCUGGCCAGUCUCCUGCCAUUUUGCUCGGCCGUUCAAGCGAUGUGAUGGGAGGGAUGAAAGUCGAGUGAAAGCUUGGAUCAGAGCAUCUAAAAGUAAUUGGAGACGACGAAGGCGAGCCAUUUCAGCAGCGACCCGCGUGAGUCGGCACCCCGAGCCGUCGCGCGGGGCGCUCUCUGACUCGCUCCCGCGGGCCUGCGAAUCCCACCAGGCCCCCAUGGGCGCAAGCAGGUGGCCUAACGAGCUCAUUUCUCCCUCUUCAACAACACCUUUUCGAAGGGGGGGGGCCUGCCCCGACGGAGGAGCUGGCGCGCCUAAGAUUGCCGAAGAUGGUUCAAGAAAAC